GCCGGAGGUUUCUCCCUGCAGUUCAGAGGAGCGGAACAAAGAACCAGAGCACCAAAGUCAGGAUUCGGCCAUGUCGGAGCGCCAAGUGCCUUUCACGUUCCUCCGGACUCCCAGCUGGGAUCCUUUCCGGGACUGGUACCGAGGCAGCCGGCUUUUCGAUCAGUCUUUUGGGAUGCCCAUGAUCCCCGAGGACUGGUACAAGUGGCCCGCAGGAACCAGCAGCUGGCCUGGCUACGUCCGCCCGCUGGUCAGUCCUAGCCCAGAGCCGGUGGUGGUCAGCCCCGGGGCAGCUGCGCCGGCCGCCAACCCAGCCUACAACAGAGCCCUGAGCCGUCAGCUGAGCAGCGGGAUCUCCGAGAUCCGGCAGACCUCCGAGACCUGGAAAGUGGCUUUAGACGUCAGCCAUUUUGCCCCGGAAGAGCUGGUGGUGAAGACAAAGGACGGCGUGGUGGAGAUCACCGGCAAACAUGAAGAAAGACAGGAUGAGCAUGGCUUUAUUUCCAGGUGUUUCACAAGAAAAUACACGCUGCCACCUGGCGUCGAUCCGGCAGCGGUCCACUCCUCUCUUUCCCCCGAUGGGAUGCUGACGGUGGAAGCCCCUCUGCCCAAGCCUGCCAUCCAGUCGGCCGAGAUCAGGAUCCCGGUGAAAUUCGAAGCUCACGCCCAGAUCCCUCCCUCGGAGGCAAAGAAGCCGGAGGAGCCCCCCAAGAAGUAACCGGCCGGUGGGGAGCCACCCCCCCCCGAUGGAGAAAGGCCACCAGGAGUCAUCACCUAAACCUUUCUUUUUUUUUUGGUAAACCUACCUCUGCGUUCACUUUCCCCAAAUAAAUUUUGUAAAGCCCUGUGUCACU